AAAGGAGAAAAAGGAAAGUGGUCUCCAACCAACACCAACCCAUCAAUUCUCUCUCCCUCUCUCUCUCUCUCUCUUGAAACUCAUUGUCCUUUCUUUAUAUUAAUCUUUCCACACCCUUCACCACUUAAAAAACACAAACACACACAGAUGCACAUAUUCAUUCCAAGUUGUAACAAAACAAAACAAAGAAAAAAAAAAAAUUUUGAAAAUUUGAGCUUAAUCAGCUUUUUAGUUUUUAGCUUAUCCAGCAAUAGCAAAAAACCAUGGCUUCUCCACCAGACACAAGCAAAACCAUAAAGCUAGAGCGGUACAACAGCUACCUCCGAAGAGUUAACAGCACAAAGCUCCUAAACGCUUCCUCCAAGUUGCUUUUCCGAGCUACUCUUCUCAUCGCUCUUGCUCUCAUCUUCUACUUCACCCUCAACUACCCUCCACUCUCCGAUAAUCCCAACCACCAUAUCCACCAGCACAACUUCCUCUCCUCCGCCUUCUACGGCCACCGAACUAACGGAGGCGCCGCUUGGGAGAAACAAGUCCGCCACUCUUCCACUCCACGCCGCUCCAAUGGCAUGUCGGUCCUUGUCACUGGCUCCGCUGGCUUCAUCGGCUCUCACUGCUCCCUCGCUCUCAAGAAACGUGGCGACGGUGUUCUCGGCCUCGACAACUUCAACGACUACUACGACCCGUCGUUGAAGCGUGCCAGACAAGCCCUCUUGCUCAAACACCAAAUCUUCAUCGUUGAAGGAGAUCUGAACGAUGCGUCGUUGCUUACAAAACUAUUCGACGUGGUUCCAUUCACUCACGUUCUUCAUUUAGCUGCACAAGCUGGGGUUCGCUACGCCAUGAAGAACCCACAGUCCUACGUGAGGUCCAACAUUGCUGGAUUCAUCAAUCUCUUGGAAGUGGCUAAGUCUGUGGAUCCUCAACCUGCAAUCGUUUGGGCUUCGUCUAGCUCUGUCUAUGGCCUCAACACCGAAAACCCAUUCUCAGAAUUACACCGGACCGACCAACCUGCAAGCCUCUACGCUGCGACCAAAAAAGCAGGCGAAGCAAUAGCUCACACAUACAACCACAUCUACGGACUCUCCCUCACAGGCCUAAGGUUUUUCACAGUGUACGGACCUUGGGGGAGACCAGACAUGGCUUACUUCUUCUUCACAAAGGAUAUCCUACAUGGGAAGACCAUUGACGUGUACCGAACUCAGGACGAGAAGGAGGUGGCGCGUGACUUCACUUACAUAGACGACGUGGUAAAAGGGUGUAUAGGAGCGCUGGACACGGCGGAGAAGAGCACCGGGAGUGGAGGCAAGAAGAGAGGCCCAGCUCAGCUGAGAAUCUACAAUCUGGGGAACACUUCACCAGUGCCAGUUGGGAAGUUAGUGUCAAUAUUGGAAGGUUUGUUAAACACAAAAGCCAAGAAGCAUGUGAUCAAGAUGCCUAGAAAUGGGGACGUGCCUUUCACUCACGCAAAUGUCAGCUUGGCAUUCACAGAUUUUGGGUACAAACCCACCACGGACUUAGCCACUGGGUUGAGGAAGUUCGUCAAGUGGUAUGUCAGUUAUUAUGGGAUUCAAUCAAGGGUGAAAAAGGAAAAUAGCAUCAUUCCCGGAGAAUCCGCUUGAUGUUCUGCUUCCACAUCACAUGGGCCGGGGUGGGUGGGUGGGUGACUUUUCUUUUCUAUAUAUAUAUAUAUUUAUAUUGUUUUUGUUUAAUUUUAUUCUGCCUUUUCAUUUCUUUUUCUCAAAUGUAUUUUGUAUCAAAUUAAUUGUCGCAUAUGCGCUGUUGUUCUUCUGGAUGUAAUAUAUAUAUAGCCCGGCCAGCAGCCAUAGGAUAGGAGAUGAAAGAGGUAAAGAGAAAUAAGAACAAUUGUAGAUCUGUUUGAAUUUGGGGGAGGGUCGGUCAGGGUGUACUUGUGGUGUAAUAAUUAAUAUUGUGGGUGCGAGGGGUCUGCUACAAAGGGUGUAGAUCUCAGUCAGCCCUUGGAUUCAUAUUAAAAAAAAAAGAAAUUUGUUACUAUUGAGCAACAACGAGGAUGAUUCCAACAA